AGCCAUUUUCCGGGAUUUCACGGGAUCGCGCUUUAGUGCGUCGCUGGUUAAUACUAAGGACAAGCCGUUACUUAUCAUAUGGAUAGUUAUUGUUUCCUAAGAUCGAACGUGGGAAAGAAUAUAUAGCGCAUUUCCUCACGAAAACAGCGACAGUCUGACUGGAGCUGCUGAUGCAGAAUAGCCACCAGUUGAAUCGCUGCCUAGACGGCAAUGGGAUUAUAGCUUUAGCUGGUAGCUGCCUGAUAAUAACGGUUUCGUUUCGGAAUUUAAUCGGACGUAUUAUAAUGUCGCUAUUGAUCGUAUAGCCACGUGCAAUAUACGGCGGAUCAAGCACCGAAGAUCAGAAGUACUUUGUGUGUUGUGUGUGUUUUUAGAAGUUGAAAAACUUUUAUUCUAUAUGGCGCUUAGCACUGGCAUCCCGCAGUCGUGCACCGGACGAACCGGACUCUGCACAGGCUUCUAAAAACAAGUUGUGCUGUAUUUAAUAUAUCUGUUGUUAGUUACCACCAUCUGACAAUGAGCAGUCCUACCAGCACCCCGAUUAAAGUUUUAUUUAGUAAAAUUUCUUGUUUUCUUGGAGGCGGAGACAGUUUUCUGUAAUUAUUUGUAUGUUUUCUAACCGUAAGUAAAUAAUCACAUUCCGAGACUAUUAUGUACUUUUAUGCAGUGACUUCUGAACCGAAACUAGUACAACAUCCAGUUAGCGGGAUCUAGGUAACAAGUACGCCAGAUUUGCUGACAGUACAUAGUUCUGUACUUUACUGUCCAUCUGGGAUACCUAUAUGGUUAGCUAAUCGCUUUUGUACUGGAAUACUCAGCACGGGAUACAGCAUUUGUUCUGGGUCGGACAUUUUGAAGAAACAGAACUCGGUCCCCUUGAAUGGGGAUGGAAUUUGCGGCUUAAAGCAACAUCUCGAAGACGUCUUGUACGACGACGCUCCACAUGCAAUUAGAUUAUGGUGAAGCAGGAAUGAGAGCGAUUUUCCAUCCCUUUUUGGGCCACUGGACCUCCGACGCUCGCAUUAAAGGGUGAAUGUGCGAAUCCACGGACUCCUCGGGCGACGAAGCGCGUCCAUGACACCGAUGGUGUUACUGAGUGGGAUGGAUCCCAUCGAUCGGCCACGCGGCCGGGCUCCGACCGAGGGAUCUGAUCCACGCGCCGCAAGUGGCUCCCUCAGCGGAUUUGUCGGUGCGACCUUUAACGCCACAUCGUCGCGGACUGCAAAGUAACAUUUGGCGACCGGGAAACCCAUACAUCGAGUCGCCCCAAAUGCACACCGGAGUUUAGUCUCUUCUCAGGCCGAGUCCAGGGGCAUGGAGUGCCAGGAGGAGAAGAAAAGAGCUGGAAGAAAGAAAUCAUUGCUUGCCGAGAGAAGGGUGUAUGUCCUAGGUGCUGCCCGCGCAGUGCCAACGUCCCAUGUGGCAGCAUGCCCAGUGCAGGGGGAUUCCGGUGCCAUAACCCAAGCAGCAGCGCCUCUGACAGGUCACUGAGGUGCAGGAGGUCCAGGGUGCUGUUGUCCCCAGACAGAUGAAGGAUGAUGGGAUUGUCACAAGAGAUUUAUGGUUGGGUGUAAAAACCAUUUGUUGCUGUUUUUAGCAACAAAUGGUUUUUACACCCAACCAUCAAUCUCUUGUGAAAAUCCCUGAGUGCUGAUAGGGAUCGUUGAAUUACUUAAAUUAGGAAAUAGUUAUUUAAAGCAAGAGUUUAAGUUCGUUUCGAUAACACACCCUUGAUAAGUGUGUUUUGAUACGUGCCUCUCUUGGGAUUGAUGGUACCCCUCCCAUUUAGGAGGAGGUGCAUCAUGGCUGCCGUGUUGCAGAGCUGCCAGAGGGGAACUGUGAGGAGAGGAGGAGUAAGGAGGAAAAAGAAAUGGAGGAGAUGAGCCGGUGCCUGCAGGAGGACGGACUGUCCGCUGAGGCGUCCGCAGAGGAACGCCAGCGCCACCUGUGGAGGGCGCUCCAGCGCAGCGAGGAGACCCGGCUGUUCUCUGUCAGGGAAUCACAGAGCCUACGGGCACAGCGGGCUGACGAGAUGGAGGAGGUGGAGAACUAUGUCGAACACAUCCGGAACAUGCUGGAUGACCGGGAGUCACUGGCUGCCAUCUACGAGCAGGAGAAUGAGCAGCUCCGCGCCCAUUUACGGGAGGUUGUGGUCCAGCAGGACAUCCAGCUGAAGGAGCUGGCGGAGAUGCUGGAGCAGGAGGGCCUGGCUGAGAUCAGCCACAGCAGCCCUAGCGAGCAGGUGGCGUACCUGCUGGUGGAGAGAGCUACGCUGCUGGAGAAGCUGGAAGCCUGCGACGGGAAGCUGGAUGACGUGAGUCUCCCUGACAGCCUGAAGGAGGUACCCCUGCAGGUACCAGACCAGCCUACAGACGCUCCUGGCUGCCAGCUCUCGAAGAAGCAUCUGAAGCAGAGGCACUCCCGGGACGCCAAGGACAGUGAGAGUAAGGAGAAGCUGCCCCCGGACCAGAGUCCCUGGAAGAAGCUCUUUGGAGUUCGCAAGACUUCCAAAGGCCCAAAAACGCGUGCCUCCGCCGGGACCGAGGACCCGCGGGAAGGGGAGCGCUGUGAACUGCGACGGCUGCGGCGAGACCUGGAUGAGGCGUCCCGAAGGCUGGCCAUGGCCCACCAGGAGAUCCGACGGCUCACCGAUGAGCUGGACUCCGCCAGGAAGACGCAGGACCAGCAAGAACCUGAGCUUCUGUGGGCUUCCCGUGAAGCAGAGCAACUUCGGCAGGAGCUGGAGCAGCUGAGAGAGAGUGGUGACACAGAGCUGGCGAAGGUCAAGGAGCAGAACGAGAGACUGCAGCUGGAGAACAGGGCCUUGACGAUGAGGAUGCGCACUCUGCACUCCGAGAAAAACAUUCUUUUCGAUAUGGUUGAGAACAUCAUUGACGACCCAAAGAAAGCGGCAAGAGAGGAGCCAGCGGCCGGCCUGUGUCAGGGGGAGAGUGCCGUGGGCUCAGCUGACCCGCCCACUGUGUCCGGGACAACGCCGAUAGCUGUGGAUGAGAAGCUUCUCCAUAAAAGAUGCGUUCAGGAGCUGGAGGACAAGAACUGCCAGCUGCGUGAGCUGCAGCGACGCCUGCAGAAGCAGCUUCAUGAGCAGGAGGAGCUGGUGGAGAGAAAUGAGGAACUGGAGGCACUGUUGGGUGAGGCCCAGAACCAGAGCAAGGCGGAGCACGAGCGGCAUGAGUGCGAGGCUGAGGGGCUUCACAAGAAGAUCAAAUGUCUGGAGGUGCAGCUAGCUAAGGCGGCUUCCACAGAGUCUCCAGAGAAAAAUGGGAUUCCUGGCCAGGAAUCGGAAGUUUUUCUCUUACAGGAGAAAGUGGAGUUGCUGCAGAGUCAUCUGGUGGAGGAACAGAAAUUGAGACAACAGCUGGAGCUGGAUGUGGUGAGGGCGCAGGAAGUUUUGAAGAGGACCAAAGAGGAGCUCCAGAAAGAUCCGGACAUCCUGAAGGCAUCACGAGAGGAGGCCGAGCAUCUGAACCGGAGCUUUACGCAAGUCAAGGCUGAGAAGGUCGCUUCAGAGGAAAUGGUUACACUUAAGGCUGACUACUUAAGGGAGGAGCUGGCGAAGGAGCCGGGCUGUGUGGUGGGGCUGAGUGCUCAGCUGAAGCCCACAGUUCAGGAGCAGUGGCUGGUUAGAGGGGUGGAGCCCACACUCAGCCACGCCCCCAUCGCAGACAUGCGCUUGGAUAACAGUGACAACCAACUGGUGUCUCUGAGGGUCCAGAUCAGCUGCCUGCAGUCUACCCUGGAGGAGGAGAGGCUGCUGGCUAGCCAGCACCAGCUGGCCCUCCUGGCCCAGGUCACCGAGUCACAAGCCAGGGCUAAGUCCCAGGAGACCUCGCUUCAGCAGAAGGCAGAGGAGAUCCGGCAGCUGCGGCAAGACUUCCAGCGGGCCCAGAGCCUCUUCAGCUCUGCUGAGCGUGAGCUGCGCUAUGAGCGGGAGAAGAACCUGGAUCUCAAGAGGCACAAUGCGCUCUUGGACCAAGAGAAGAUCAAGCUGUGCGCUGAGCUGAAGCACGCCCAAAACAAGGGAAUUCAGAUGGAGCAGAACGUGGCCACCCAGACCACUGAGGUAGAUCGGCUUCAGCAGAGGGUCCGUGAGCUCGAGCUGGAGGUGAUCCGGAACAGUCACGCCCAGCAGACCCACACCGGUCUGCAGGAGGAGCUGAACGCCGAGCGGGCGCGUCUCAACGCCGCUGACAAAAAGGUUCUGGAACUCCAGCAGCAGCUGAAGGGCACCCUGCAUCAGCUCAGACUGGAGGAGGCACGUUCGGCAGAGGCCAACCAGCUGGAGAGGCGCAGCAGGGAGAUGUCGGACACCCUGGCCCAGCUGAGGGCCAAACUGCAGGAGGAGCAGCUGCAGAGGAAGGUGCUGGAGCAGAGAGGGAGUGAGCUGCAGGAAAACGUCUGCACGCUGCGUGCCAGCGAGGCCGCCUUUAACUGCGCCAACCUGGAGCUGGGCUGCCGCCUGCAGCAGCUGGAGACCCGUCUGGGGGUCCUGGAGGGAGAGCACAGCUACACAUCGGAGGAGCUGCGACUCAGCCAGUCUGCCUGCCACAAGCUCCAGGACCAACUGACCACCAGCCAGCAGGAGGCUGAGAGACUCAAGGAAGAGUUACAACUGGUGCUUCAGCAACUUGACGUCCAGAUCAGGAAGUACAAUGAGAAGCGGUCACAGGAUAAAGUGAAGCUGCACAGAGCCAAGCAGGCCUUCCGGAAGGAGGCAGCGCUACUGGACAUCCGUGUCCAGCAGCUGGAGAAUGAUUUGGCCCUGGCUCAGAGCCUGUCUGAAAAGGAGCGGGACUGCGUGAAGAAGGUGAUGGAGGAGAAUGAGAACCUUCUGCUGGAGGUGAGGGACCUGCUGAAGAGGCUGAAUGAGGCAGAAGAGAUGAGCAGCAACAGCAGGCGUACGGCCUCCACCGCCCUGCAGAGGAUGAAUUUCAUGGAAACUGAGAACAAGCAGCUUCAGGAAAGAGUGCUUAUGCUGUUCAGCCAAGUGGGGGCACUGGAACGGACCCUGAAGAAAGUCCAGUCACCCUACAACGUAGAGGAUGCCAAGAAGAUGGUUCCUCCUGAAAGUCUGCAGGGGAGUUUUCUGGACACUUCUCAACUAAGCAUGCCAGGAGUGUGCCACACGCUCGGAAUUCUAGAUGCCAUCCAGAUGGUGAAAGCAGGCUCACGAAUGGAGGCCACCCCAAGUGCCAUGUCCGCUGUGGGCACUCCUGCCUCCGAAAUCGGCUACUUGAAUGUGACGUCCCCUGUGGUUCCAGUCAGCGGGAAUGACCCAGAGGAGAGUCUGAGUUUGGGCAGUGAUGUGGUGUGACACCUCCCUGCAGGCGGGUGCCCCCCCCCCCCAAAAAAAAAGGACUUGGUUACCCUAUUUUGCCUUGAGGGGAAAAAAACUGAGUACAAACACACUUCCUCAAAGGAAUCCUGGUUGUAACCGACAGACCAGUGGCAGGUACUACAACAGACAGGUUGGGGGGGUGGCCUGAUAUAUUAUACUCAGGGUAAUGACAAUUUUCAUUUGAGAUACUGCAAUAGUACCCCAGUUCUCUUUUACUAGUUUAAUGAGAACUGGAUUGUAGUAUUAUGUUCGUAAAAGAAUGAUAGGUCGUCCGUGAGUCUGUGCACACCUAUGUUACAUCACAGCAUAAGGGUGGGGAGAUCAUGUGAGAUAAAAAAACUGUACUUGGGACUGUACUUUGUUCAUGGCAGAAAAACCAGAGGACAUGACUCACGUGACACACGGCGACGUUCGAAUGCAAGCGGGGUACGUGUUAAACACGUCUCACGUUGCAUUGUGUUAGUAGCAUCGGAGUGGAACCUGGAAUUCCAGUUCGUGACAAAGGUCACCGUACCUGUUUGCACAGUGCCUAUUGUGCGGUGCCUGCAUGUUUAAGACCAAAGCUCAAUGGUAUGUAACCAUACCCCCAUAGUACAAAGGUAAUGGCUGCAGCUAAUUUAUUGGAAAAGGCCUGGAAAAUAGAGUGUUUGACUCGACCAGGUUACCCGUCCAUCUAGAGCUGGAACUAUCAGCUAUGUUAGGGUUAAAAAGCUGAGACAGCUUGUUCUUGUUAUUGUGCUGAAUCAUUUUAAGGGGUGUGGAUAAUACUCUGUGUGAGUAGUAACACAGAAGUGGGUUGUUCAAAUAUCACAACAAAUAGAGGGACAAACUGCAAGUAUUAUAAACGGGAAGCAUUUCAGUGCAACUGGCCCUCGUGUCUCUCGGUCGUGAACCACUAUCAUGACUACGGGAUGCGUGUCGCAGCACAAUUAUCCGACUAGAGCAGAAGCAAUUCAGCAAUAAUGGAUAAACAUGGGAGAACCAUGUUUACUAAAUGUUGCUCCUGCAUUUCAGGUAUAUUUUGCUAUUAGUUUUGAUACAGAAUUUUAAAGGUAAUUCUUUAAUACCUUAACAGUAAUACUUCAGUGAUGUACAAGAUUUGCCAUUUGUUAAGGAUGUUUUUCUCAUAUAAUGUAUCAUUUUUAUCUGGUCAAUGGUUUUUGUAAUUAAAGUUGCUGCACUAAUUUACAACCCUUUAACAAUGGAGCACUAUACUGUUUACAGCAGGGUAUGGCGUUUUAGUAUAUUGUCAGAGUGUAAGAGACGAAGGACUUGUUUUUCAGGCUUGUUAGUCUUUCAUGAAUGAUUAAGCGUGACGUUUGUACUAUAUGGCAAGGACUCAACAGUAAUUUAUCAAAACAUAUAAAACUGCAGAAAAAUUGUGAAAUGCA